GUGACAUACGUCUCGUACUCUUCCCAUAGUCGUCCCGAUAAAAUCACACGCCGCGCAAAUGGCCAUCGAGCUCAUCCCUAUCCCCAUCCCCGCUUCUGCGGAUGCCUCAAAGUUCCAGCAGAUGGGCCGUGAAGUCAAGGGCGUUGAUCCUGGAAACAUGACGCCCGAGCAAGCGAAAGAGAUCGAGGAGGCUCUAUACAAGCACGACAUUCUACUCUUCCGAGAUGUCCACAUGACGCCGGAGCAACAGUACGCGUUGACCAAGGCAUUCGAUCCUGAUUCCGAAGCCUACGGGCACGGUAACAACAAGACAGGAGAGACGAAGAAGUCCAUCUUGCACCCUGACCUCAAGACUAUUCCGCGCGUACCUCAGGUGCAACUCAUUGGCAAUGGCACCGUAUACAACCACGAGGGCCUGGCAGAGGCCAUGUUGAAACAUCCUACGCACACGACCUUCCAUAAGACUCGUGUUUCUCCGGAGGACGAGGAGAAGGGAAUCACGCGCUUUUAUCGCUGGCACAUCGACGCUGCACUGUACGACCUCAGCCCGCCGAAGGUGACGACGUUAUAUGCGAUUAGGGUUCCGCACGGCACGGAACAGACGUGCAGGUACGAUGACGGUACCGGAGACGAGCUAGCGGUGCCGUUGGGAACGACGGCGUUCGUGAGCGGACAGACAAUGUUCAAUAUCUUGCCGCCGGAGCUGAAGUCGGUUGCAGUCCGCGCCAAAGUCAAAUACGCACCGCACCCAUAUGUGUGGAUGGCACCUGCACAUGCGUUACCUACCGGUCUCGGUAUCGAGGCCGAGGGGUUGGAGCUACCCUACGAGGAAUUACCGCCUUGGGAGGAAUCCAAGAUUAAGACAUUGCCUAUCCUAUGGAAGAACCCUCUAACUGGCGAACUAUCCUUCCAAGUUCACCCAUGUGGUGCAGCUGAGAUCAUCGUCGAUCCGCUCCCGGCUUCCGCAAAGAGGGAAGGCGCCCUAUACCCCGAUGGAGCACAUCUGAAAGACUUGAAGGAAGUGCGAGAAUUGCUUUACAAGAUGCAGCGGCCGGGAAUUGCGCCUCCGCUGGUCUACCCUCACGACUGGCGUGAGAAGGAUUUGGUGCUAUUCCACAAUCGCGGAUUGCUGCAUACUGUGGUAGGCGCGUUCAAGAAGGAUCAGGUGCGCGCAUUCCACCAAUGCAACCUCGCCGCAAGCGCAGAUCCCGUCGGCCCCACGGCCGACGAUGUAGCCAAGUGGGCCUGAGCAUAAUGUGGCGGAGUUGCUUCAUCCCAUCCGUCUUCACUGUGAACUUGUAUUUUGUAUUUGAAACAUCUUGAGAGGCUUAGUGGCUGGAUGUAGUUGUAAUGACGACCCAUGUGAUGGAAUCAGCGUAUAUAUAUCAUCGCAAACCCUGAUCGAGACAACCCGAGCAAUGGUUGCAUAUAUUACUCGCAUAGGUAACAAAAAGCAAGCAGUAGUCAGCAACUUGCCAUCGUCGGACAAUAUGAUGCAUCCCAGUGUGAUAUCCCUCAUUUACAAGAGGGAAAUUGGCAGCCCUCUCGCCUUCGUCAUCCUAACAUCCGGAUUAAAGCUCACAUGGGCUUGCUGGGGAGUUGGGUGAGCAGAAUCCCAAAGCGCUUUUUGAUAGUGACGCGGUGUCGCGAGAACUUGUCAUCGGGCGAAAACCGGGCAGGAUGCGCUGACUUCGUGAUUUUGCCGCUCGCCGUUACUUUCUUCAGUGUGUAUAUCCGGUUGCCGUCGCCGUCCAGCGUGUACAUGAGAUGCAUAGUGGGCGCACG